UACAGAUUUCGCGUAGUAUUAACGUGAUGGAUAAACACUGUUGUUUCAUUAACCAUUUUAAGUGUCGUAUUGACUAUGUAUGCGUUAAUUGUAUAUGCUCUUUCAACGCAUUAAAACCAAUGUAAACUAGAAUAGGAACAUGGUGUUUAGUAAUAAGCUUGUGUAGCAUGAUAUGCUGUUAUUGUGUCAUGCAGAUGAAAGCUUAAAUUUAUGUAAAGAAGUGCUUUGUUUUCAACUGUCACAGUAAACGUUCAUCUGUGUUAUGUGCAAUGUUAAGUUUGUAUACUAUGAAAUAAAAUAAAUUAAUGCAAUCAAACACCAAGGGACCUUCUAUUUACUGAAUUAUUUAUUCGUGAUAAAUACAAUAAGGAUGGAGUCAGAUAGAAUUGACUCAAAUGAGUCAAGUUAUGAGAGAAGUCUUUCGAUGCAGGAAAAAUUCCGAGGCGUCUUGGCAGAAAUGAAGAAAUUUCAUUCAGUGAACAUGGACGAGGAGACGAGAUGGAUCCGAACGCAUAUCAAAAUGCGGGAGUGUUCUUAUUUUAUACCUGAUCCUUCUGAUAAAGGAGGUGAAAGCUGCAAGUGUGCCUACAAGCUAAGCCAGCACAGUGAAUGUGCAAAGGACAAACCCGUUGGUCCCAACAUGAAUUGGGAUUACAAGAAGCAUUCCAAACAGAAAAUGACAAAUGCUUUUGGAGAGAUCGAGUUUGUUGGAUACGGAGGCAACAUUGGAAAGUACAUCCGUGUGGACGUGGAUACAAAGAUGAGUCGCAUGCUGGAGUUGAUAAUGAGCGUGUGGGGUCUCGACAAGCCCACACUGCUAAUUUCAGUCACUGGGGGCGCAAACAACUUCAUGCUAGAUAAGCGACUUCGUGACACCUUGAGGCGAGGUCUCAUGAAGAUCUCUCUCACCACAGGAGCUUGGAUAGUGACAGGAGGGAUACACGCUGGUGUGGGUCGUGGCGUGGGGGAGGCAGUGAAGGAGUUUAGGUUCGCUUCUACGUCCACGAACCCGGUCAUCGCCAUUGGAAUAGCGCCCUGGGGCUGCAUUCAGAACAAGGAGUCGCUCAUUGAGGAGAAUAGUGAAGGUCUCAGGCCCGCAAACUACAAGAUAGAAAAAGAGCAGAAACCAAACGAAAUCUUCCUUGACCCAAACCACUCGCACUUCAUCCUCGUGGACAAUGCUACACAACACAAGUUUGAUGUGGAAAUUCCAUUCCGUUCUAAACUUGAGAAGGAGAUUGCUCACAUGAAGACGGAGACUGGGGAAAAUGCUGUAUCGGUUCCCAUUGUUCAGCUGGUUCUUGGAGGCAGAGCAGACACGUUUGAGACUGUCCAUCAUGCCAUACAGAACAAUACUCCCACAGUGAUCAUAAAGGGAUCGAACAGAGCAGCCGACAUUCUUGCUUACGCUUACCUGAAUGCCGAAGAAGAAGAAGUUGAAGCCAAGGAUCGUACUGGAAAGAAGCAGAAAAAAGUGCGGCGAUACAUGGCAGCCUAUGUGGAGCUGACGGUGCGGGAGAUGGUAGAGAAUGAGUUCGGCUCUGACAAUAUCGCUGUUCACCUCGAGAGGAUCAAGGAGUGUUUGGAGAAGUGCGACCUUAUGUCCGUGUUUGAUCUUGAUAGCGAGACAGGGGUGAAGGAAAUUGAUGUGGUUAUGCUUCAGGCUUUACUCAAAGCCUAUAAGAACCAGGUUAUUGAUCAGUUGCGGCUAGCCCUAGCAUGGAACAGAAUUGAUGUUGCAAAGAGUGAUAUCUUCACUGACGAUAAACAAUGGCCGACAGGUAUUUUGGACGAUGUCAUGUUCUCGGCAAUUCAGCUCAACCGUGUAGAUUUCAUAGAGCUAUUUUUAGACCAUGGGGUCAGCUUACACGAAUUUCUCACCAAAAAGCGUCUUCUUCAACUCUACAACAGGAUACCAAACAAUUGCUUGUUGCGAUCAUUACUUACAAAGAUCAAGGUCAGAGAAGAUCCUCAAAGAAAGAACUUUUCAUUGCUUGAUGUGGGCAUGCUGAUACAGAGCCUGAUGGGGAACACGUUCAACCCUACAUACAUGACUAAGCCAGAGUACGCAAACAUCGACGUAGAUCACUUACUUGACGACGACGCACCAGCGAAAACAACUGAGACUGGCCUAAAAGAUAUCGCAAUGGUCAUGUUAAAUCCGGCAAGAGGCCUUGAUGAUAUAGACGGAAAACUGAAGAAGCCUAAUGAGAAACCUCUUCCCGACUUUGAACAGCCCUGCCAGGAUCUGUUCAUCUGGUCCAUCCUAAUGAUACAACAGGAUAUGGCCAAGACAUUCUGGGUCGAGGGCAAGGAUGCCAUAGCGACUGCACUCGUUGGAUACAACCUGUUGAAAAUGUUGCAGAAGAAGACGGACUAUACAGAGUUUGUCAUCACCAUUCAAGGCUGCAUUGACGAAUGGUCUGAAUUGGCGGUUGGGGUCCUAAGCGAGUGUUAUACGACAGACGAACGCAACGCGCAGGAUCUUCUCAUGCGGGAACUGUCUAACUGGGGCAACAUGACAUGCAUGAUGAUUGCCGUGAAGGCUGUUAACAAGGAAUUCAUCUCACAGACCGCAUGUCAGUCGGUCUUGAACAGUAUCUGGCAUGGCAAACUGGCUCAGGAGAACAGCGUGUUAAGGCUUUUCGUCUGCAUGUGUUUCCCCUUCUUGAUUGUGCCCCUGCUCAAGUUCAACCUGCGCAUGGACCCCUCCUCCAGCUACUACCAUCCACAAGCCAUGGCACCAGGGACCCAGCCCCGGAAAGUGUGCUCUAGGCACCAGCCUUCACAGAGCAAACCCAACCCGCCUUUAAGCCAGAAGUCGAAGCCAAAGCUGUACAAAAUGGAGAACCGCUUUUCGAAAACGUCUGAUUAUUCUGAGGUACAGAAGCGUAAUGAACUGCAUAUCACACCAGGACAAAAGCUGUAUUACUUUUUCACUGCUCCAGUGAUCAUCUUCAUGUAUAAUGUGCUUUCCUACUUUGGCUUCCUGAGUCUGUACACGUAUGUUCUGAUAUUCAACUUCGCGCCAACGGUGUCCGUUCUGGAAUUGGUGCUUAUGGUGUGGGUGUUCACGAUAUUAUCGGAGGAAGUGCGACAGGUGGUCACCAGGUCCUCUACCACUCUCGUUUCCAAACUGAAAAGCUACGUCACCGACAGCUGGAACAUCGUUGACAUUAUUACAAUUAUUUUGUUUAUAAUUGGGAUGAUCAUGCGUUUCUUGCCGUACAAGGACACGUUCGAAGCUGCACGCGUGGUCCUUGCCUUGAAUUUUGUCUCGUUUUGCAUGCGUCUGCUGCACAUUUUCUCUGUGCACAAACAGCUGGGGCCAAAACUGGUCAUGAUUGGAAAAAUGGUACAAGACAUGAUGUUCUUCCUGGUAAUACUGAUGAUAUUUGUUGUGUCGUACGGAAUCGCUUCGCACUCAAUCCUGUACCCAAACUCCCCUCUGGCCUGGAGCACGGUCUUGCAAGUCAUCAGAAAGUCUUACUGGAACGUAUACGAGGAGUUGUUUUUGGAUGAAAUUGAAGGUAACACGAAAUGCACGUUUGAUGAGAUACUGUGGGGUAACGGUACCUACCCACGCUGCCCCAGUAACGUUGGCCGGGUCAUCGUUCCGAUCCUAAUGGGUGUCUACGUGUUGUUGGCCAACGUUUUACUUCUCAAUCUUCUCAUUGCCAUGUUCAGCUAUACUUUCACCAAAGUUCAGGACAACACAGACAAGCACUGGUGUUUUCAGCGUUAUUCCUUAAUCUACGAGUACUAUGAACGGCCCGUGCUGUGUCCACCGCUGAUUAUGUUAACCCAGUUAUACCUGCUUGUUCGGUAUAUUGUUACAUCGCUGUGUGGCUCGAGAUUAAAACACCAGGACUCAAGCAAUGACUUUAUUUCAGGACGAAAAUUAAAACAUGACCGCGAGCUGGUUCAAUGGGAAGAUGUAAUAGCUGACGCCUACCACCAGAAAAAAGAACAGAAAAAAAUCCAGAGUAUGGAAUUCAAAGUCAUGUCUUCAAAUGACAUGCUGAAGGCUCUUAUGAAUCGCAUAGAUGACCUUCAACAGCAGCAGCGCAAAUCCGAGCAGUUUUUGUGUGACAUCGAGUCAAGCGAUCAUGUGACACCAUUGUCGCCUACCAACGUCAAAGCCAAACUGUCACCAGAUUUCGACAGUCGACUGGCAAGUCUUGAACAACAGAUACAAUGGAUUGUAAAGACCCUGAAGUGGAGCAGCCUCGUUGACGGUCACCUUCCUGCCUCUCCGACUGAACAACGUGUAUGAACGGAAACGACUCGUGAUCGCAGAUAUGACUUAACGGACCGAAUAUGAAAAAAUAAAAGCUCGUCUGAUGUUU